AAGCUUGUGCGGCUGUGGCCAAUCAGAUGCGCCCCUGCCAGCUAUAAUAUAGUGCGAGAGGAGGCCUGUCUCACAAGCUCUCCAGGCUGGCUACCAUUUAAAAUCAGACUCUUUUUGUCUUUUGAUUGCUGCCUCCCGACCCAACUCCGAUGUGUUCCGCUAUCAGCGACCGGCAGCCUGCCCUCGCAGCCCCUGUCUGGGCCGAGAUCGGCGGAGAGUCCACCGCAGCGGCGGCGGGCAAGGUUGUAUAGGAAGAGAAAGAACCCAGCAGCGCGCGAGGGAGUGAGCGAGCCGGAGCGAGGCAGCCGCCGAGCGCAGGGCAGAGCGCACACGCACACCGCGCGCACCCGCUCGCGCGCAGACAGACCGCGGGGACAGCUUGGAAGUCACCGGGUUCCAUGGGCGAGAUGCUGCUGCCGGCGAGAUGUCUGCUGCUGGUCCUCGUCUCCUCGCUGCUCGUGUGCUCAGGGCUGGCGUGCGGCCCCGGCAGGGGAUUCGGGAAGAGGCGGCACCCCAAAAAGCUGAGCCCUUUAGCCUACAAGCAGUUCAUCCCCAACGUAGCGGAGAAGACCCUAGGAGCCAGCGGCAGAUACGAAGGGAAGAUCUCGAGGAGCUCGGAGCGAUUUAAGGAGCUCACGCCCAAUUACAACCCCGACAUCAUAUUCAAGGAUGAGGAGAACACCGGCGCCGACCGGCUGAUGACUCAGAGGUGUAAGGACAAGUUAAAUGCCCUGGCCAUCUCGGUGAUGAACCAGUGGCCUGGAGUGAAGCUGCGGGUGACCGAGGGCUGGGACGAGGAUGGGCACCACUCGGAGGAGUCGCUGCACUAUGAGGGCCGAGCCGUGGACAUCACCACCUCUGACCGUGACCGAAGCAAGUACGGCAUGCUGGCCCGCCUGGCUGUGGAGGCCGGCUUCGACUGGGUCUACUAUGAGUCCAAGGCUCACAUCCACUGCUCAGUGAAAGCAGAGAACUCAGUGGCGGCCAAGUCGGGCGGCUGCUUCCCUGGGUCGGCCACCGUGCACCUGGAGCAGGGCGGCACCAAGCUGGUGAAGGACCUGCGGCCCGGGGACCGCGUGCUAGCGGCCGAUGACCAGGGCCGGCUGCUCUACAGCGACUUCCUCACCUUCCUGGACCGCGACGAUGGGGCCAAGAAGGUCUUCUACGUGAUCGAGACCCAGGAGCCGCGCGAGCGCCUGCUGCUCACUGCCGCGCACCUGCUCUUCCUGGCGCCGCCACAAAACAACUCGGCCACCGGGGAGCUCGAGGCCGCCGCGGGGGGCGCUCUGGGGCGCCGCGCGCUCUUCGCCAGCCGCGUGCGCCCGGGCCAGCGCGUGUACGUGGUGGCCGAGCGCGACGGGGACCGCAGGCUGCUGCCGGCCGCCGUUCACAGCGUGACGCUGCGCGAGGAGGCGGCGGGCGCCUACGCGCCGCUCACUGCGCAGGGCACCAUCCUCAUCAACCGGGUGCUUGCCUCUUGCUAUGCUGUCAUCGAGGAGCACAGCUGGGCACACCGCGCCUUCGCGCCCUUCCGCCUGGCGCACGCGCUGCUGGCCGCACUGAGCCCGGCGCGCACGGACCGCGGCGACGGCGGGGGCGGGGGCGGGGGCGGCGGCCGCGUACCCCAGCCCGUGCCCGGGGCGGCCGAGGGUGUCCACUGGUACUCGCGGCUGCUCUACCGGAUCGGCACCUGGCUGCUGGAUGGCGAGACCCUGCACCCCCUGGGCAUGGCAGUGGCGUCCAGCUGAAGCCGAGGCCAGGAGCAGCGCGGGUGGAUUCGAGAGCCACGGCCAGGUGGAGCAAGACACAGAAAAGCGCACGGAACGAGACAUUCAUUAUAAUAAUAAUAAUAAUAAUUAAUAAUAAUAAUAAUGUAGGACAGUCCAAAGUAGACUAUAAGGAAGCAAAGACCCCGGGAGUUUUGUUGUUGUGUUUAGUUUAUAUAUAUAUAUAUUUUUUGAAUUUUUGGUUAUUUUUUCUCCUCUCCUGGCUAUUUAUUUGUUUGGUAUGAAUAGAUGUUUUAAAAUAAUAUGAACCGGACCUUCAAGAGCCUUAACUAGUUUGUGUCUUGGAUAAUUUAUUAUUAUCAUGUGAACUGUAUUCACGGGGGGAGAGAUUAUUUUGUGCGGCCAAGUGACCUGCUCAAAGUCUAUUUUUCUACAAGUUCCUGGUCCUGAGAGUCGGGAAACAGAAUUCUGUGCUCGCCAGUUCUCCUCUGCUACGCUCCUGCUUCUCUGAAAGUGUAAACUAAAACAUGCUUCAUGGGGGUCCACAAAUUAUAUUUUUAUACACAGAAUUGUAAAUUAGAUUUUUUGAGAGAUCAAUACUUAACUGAAUGACAUUUCAUUUUUUGAAAUAGUGUAAAAUAUGAAAUAUAUUAUUUUAAUUUAACUAGUUUCCGAUGUUAACAGCCAUCUCCUGCACUGUCUUCAUGGUUUAAUACUUGCUUUCAUCAUCUUUAUUUUGGCCACAUUCUUCGAAGCCAAGACUGUUACACACUCACACGUACACUUUUUUUUUUUUUUUACAAACUGGAAGAACUCUGUUAUUUUUAACUUCAAAGAGUUUAUUAGAAAAUAAUAUUUUUUAAAAGCGCACAUAGUGAUGAGCCCAUGAGGAUGGAGCCUGUAGUUUGUACAGAGAAAAAGGAUGUUUUGCAUUAAUAAAUUGAGACAUAACUGCUGUAAAUUUACUAAAAUGUAUUUUUGAAUAUUUUGUAAUAGUUUUAUAGAAAUAAAAUGUGCCACGCACAGACCCGUUAGUAUGUAAUAACUCAGAAAUCCUGUUGCCGCCCCUCUUCUGUUCCUUUGGGCUUCUUUUGGGGGAGCACAGUGCCCCCAGGAUCUGUCAGGUGGACACAGCAUGGACAGCCAAAGUAGGCCAAGUGGCCAGUCCUCCUCGCUGGAGAACCGGCAGCUCUGGUCCUAAUUACUAUGUAAAGCUCUUUUGUGCUCCCAGAGGUUGGGGGUGCCCUAUGUGGGAGCCCAGCUUUCCCAGCUCCAACCCUCAGCUAGCAGAGCCCAGUUUGCAGGCCUGGAGAAGGUGGCCUGAGGGGAACCUUCUUGCAGUGACUGCCAGGCGACUUUGUGCCUUUCCCUGGUCUUCUGGUGUUUGAUCUGUAGGCCACAGCUGUCUUCUGAAGUCUCAGUGUGACCUUGGCAGAGAGGUGCUAAUGUCUGAACCUCCCACCUCUGGGCUGAGCACCGUCUGCCUGGUCUCUGCCUGGUCUCGGGGGUGGGGGCGGGGGGGGGGGGGCUGCUGCCAGGGUCUGGGACCAUACCUGUUGUCUGUAGUGGGUGCUAGGCCUGGAGUUGUAUUCCUGGGAAACAGUUCAUGCCCAGUGUCAGCUGGGGCUGGGGAUGCUCCCUCUGAGCUUAAUGCUGCCUCUCAGCUUGCCAGAAAUCUCUCCUCUCGGCUGCAGUCAUUUCCGGUUCUGUGGCUUGUUGGAGCCUGUUGUCACAGCAGAGGCACCUGAGUGGCCGGACUUGGAAGGGUGGAGACUGCCAGCCGAAUAUGCCUGUGUGGGGGGCGGGGGUGGGGUGACUCAGUGUCAGGAAGAAGACUUGAUGAGCCUCAGGCCCUGUGGCAGGGUCUGGCUCCAAGGGGAGGCCUGUGGAAGUCAGCAGCCAGAGACCGGGUCCCCAAAGGCUUUGGUGCUGAAUGGCCAUGUCCACAUGGAUGGCCCUGGGUGCUGGGGUCAGGGCCAGCCUUCUGGGCAGCAGUGGGCCUGGUUUUCUCCACAGACUUUUCCUCGGUUAUCCAGGGGUGAGUAAUGUCACAGCUGGCUUUCAUAGUCCCCACUGAGGCUGAUGGCUUCUGCCAUUCUGCCUGUUCAAGUCUCUGUGGUCAGCAGGAAAUGAGCAGUGGGCACGUGGGCUCUGCUCAGUGAUCUGAUGAGUUAUAAGGGGUGCACCCCUGUCUGCCAGAGGGGGGACUCGGACUCGGCGCUGGGACAGCUCUAUAGGAGGCCUGGCAACGAGGGUACCACGUAGAGUAUGGGGCUCUGGCAGUCCCCUGCGGUUGGCUUCUCCAGCCCUAUCUGUCCAUCUUAGAGAUCCUUCCACAGAAAGCCAGGUGUGGUGGCACACACCUGUAAUCUCAGCACUUGGGAGGCUGAGGCAAGAGGAUCAGUGUGAGUUUGAGGCCAGGCCUGGACCACAUAGUAAGACCCUGUCUCAAAAACAAAAGCAAGAAAAGAAAACCUUUUCACAGAGAAACAAUAAGACAGGUGAGGAAAGGAAGCCACUGUAUACAUAGAGAAGCCCCAUGCUGACCAGAAGAAGGUGCAGCCCCUCUGCCUGUGCGGAGCGCCAGUCUCUCGAGACUGUGGUACCUGGAGUUUGUGCAGUUUGCUGCCUGGCCCUUAGGACCAAAUGCGUAUCAGUCCUUGUCAAAAAUAUGCUUCAAAAUGUACUUGAAAUUGGCAUCGUCGUGCUCUAUUGUUUGGGUCAUUAAAGAAAUUACAGAGACUUUCUGCAAUGUCUGUUAUGUGGCUGAAUUCCUAUCCCACACCGUCAUCUGCUCUUCUCGUUUUCUUCCACGAGGCUGUUCAGACAAAGUGAAAGAAAAGUCCCAUUGAGCAGCAGGCAGCCGCUCUCAAUGGGUGAGUUGGGUCGCUGUGGGAAUUUCUCCUGGUGCAGCCUGGCACGUGAUGCCUGUUCCUGCUGGGCUGACACCGCCAUCCUGCCCUGACCGAGUCCUUGUGCUGUCAGCAUCACACCCAUGUGAGGAAUAUCGGCAGACAUGCAAAGAAUCCUGGUCAGUUGAAGGAUUUGGGGAGAAAGCAGCAAAGUGCCUACUAGAGAGCGAAGGUGGCAUUGUGAGCCGGUGCUCAGGGCUCUGUAAGGACACAGGCCAGGCAUCAAGUCUGUCCCUUCCUACAGAUGCCCAGGGAAGUGACCAUCACAAAACACGUCCUGCAUGUUAGCCUUCCCGGGAGCGGCACUGGACAUGCAUUCUGGGACAGAGGACAGAGGCUCUGAGUUCUAC